CUAUCAGCGGCCGGAUUAGCGGGCGCCGCGAAUCCAGCAGCAUUCCUGUCGCAGCAUGCCUUGCAGCCGUUUUCAGCUCUGUCGCUUCAGCAACCGAAUGCCGUCCAAGCGAUCUCCACAUUAUCUCAGCCGUAUACACCUGCUGAUUAUGCUGCUGCUGCAGCCGCUGCAAGCGUUUCGCAGUAUGCUCCGUCAUCCAGUGCAGCUGCUGGUGUAGCUGUGGAUCCAACAACGUAUACACUGCCAACCACUGCGACACUGCCUACUGCUGUGACCCUACCAAGCACCGUCACAUUGCCUUCUGCUUACAGUUCGUUGGUCAGUCUUGAGCAGCAAACCAUAAUCAAGGGCCCUUCUUGA